AUGAGCACGACCGAAAACCACUCAGAUCCAACAGCUUCCAAAACCAGCCCAGCCCCAAGUACAGCGGGCUCAACGGGCACUUCAGGUAUUACUGUGCGCACGGGACCAAACGGACAUAUGAGUUUCAGAAGACAACGUGCGUCGCGUGCUUGUGAGGACUUUUGUUUGGCUAACAUGAUAUUUUCUUGCACUUGUGAAGACAUGCCAUGCUCGAAAAGUGAGUCUAUACCCCUUUUUCUCCGUGUUCGCUGCGAUGCCGCCAGUCUAGGGGUGCCAUGCACCAACUGCGUGGCCUUUUCGAUCGAGUGCAAGAUCCCUACACCGAAACGCAAGAAGAACCAAACCAAGUCGAAGGAAACAAGCGGAGGUGAGGAAGCCGAAUCGAAAUCGCCGCAGAGCAAACCCGAGCCACUACCAGUCGAAAGCGGGAAGGAUGCCUUUGGCUAUCAGAGGAAUCGGAUGGCUGUCGACGGUAUGCCGGUCACUAGCCUCACCGAAUCGCAGGCCGCUCAGCAGGCUUCCCAAAACUCCAUGUAUGCCCAGUUCAUGAAGCCUAAGUUUGCGCGCGCCCCGAUAAAGGAAGCGGGGAGGGUUGCAUAUCUUGGAGAGUCGUCAAACCUUUCGCUCCUCGUCCAGGAUCGCCAUGGGACCACCGAUGUCGUGCACUACCCUCUGCCCCCGAACAUGGGCGGCACGCCUGCUCGGUUGACGGAUCUGGAUAGCUUGGAGUUGGAUAUCCUGCAUCAACGUGGCGCUUUCCUGCUGCCUCCAAAGCCCCUGUGUGAUGAGCUGGUUGAAGCCUACUUCAAAUGGGUGGCUCCUGUAGUGCCCAUCGUCAAUCGCAGCCGCUUCAUGCGGCAGUAUCGUGAUCCAAAGAACCCGCCAUCUUUACUUCUUCUCCAAGCCAUACUCCUGGCUGGUUCGAGGGUCUGCACCAACCCGCAAUUGAUGGACGCCAACGGCUCAACCACGCCCGCUGCCAUGACGUUCUAUAAGAGGGCAAAGGCACUAUACGAUGCCAAUUAUGAGGAUGACCGCGUCACUAUUGUCCAAGCGCUGGUUCUUCUAGGCUGGUACUGGGAGGGACCGGAAGAUGUUACGAAGAAUGUCUUUUACUGGACCAGGGUGGCCAUGGUCGUGGCUCAGGGUUCGGGUAUGCAUCGAAGUGUGGAAUCGUCUCAACUUACCAAGCCGGAUAAGAGACUGUGGAAGCGGAUCUGGUGGACCCUAUUUACACGAGACCGAUCGGUGGCUGUCGCGCUCGGCCGGCCCAUCGGUAUCAAUACGGACGAUUCGGACGUUGGGAUGUUGACGGAAGACGACUUCAUUGAAGAUGAGAUCGACAUUGCGGCGGAGUAUCCGCCAGACCCGGUACACGUACAAUUCUUCCUUCAAUAUGUCAAACUCUGCGAAAUCAUGGGAUUGGUUCUCUCCCAGCAGUACUCCGUGGCCUCGAAAUCAAGACGGAUGAAUGCUAUGGAUCUCACCCACUCCGACAUGGCAUUGGCGGAUUGGCUCCAGAACUGUCCAAAGGAGGUGUGUUGGCAACGGCAACGGCAUCACUUCUGGGCUGCACUCCUUCAUGCCAACUACUACACAACACUCUGUCUCCUGCAUCGAGCCCAUAUGCCGCCUGCGUCUUCCGUUUCGAGCAAUUACCGCGUAGAGGAGAUGGCCUACCCUUCGCGAACCAUUGCGUUCCAGGCUGCCGGAAUGAUCACUUCAAUUGUUGAGAACCUCCAGAAUCAUACCGAGAUCAGAUAUGCGCCGGCCUUUAUUGUCUACAGCUUGUUCUCGGCCUUAAUUAUGCAUGUUUAUCAAAUGCGAUCUUCUGUUCCCUCAAUUGUGGCCACCUGCCAGGAACGGAUCAACAUAUGCAUGCAAGCCCUCAAGGAUGUGUCGAAGGUCUGGCUCGUGGCCAAAAUGGUGCACACGCUAUUUGAAUCCAUUCUCGGGAACAAGGUCUUAGAAGAACGCCUUCAGAAGGCCGCAGGCAAGAGACAUCAGCGGGUACGGCCCGAGGCAGCCCAGCAGCCGCCUGCGAAGAAGCCGGAACCCCCCAAGCGCAAGUUUGAUGAGAUGGAGUUUGGCCUACCGAAUGGAGGAGGCCCCACGCCACCGGUAUCUUACGAGCGAUCUCGUCCCCAAACGCCUGCAGUCACGCCCUCGAGAGAGAUGCAGCCUCCGGGUCUGAACCUGCCGCAAGGUUCCCCUCCAGCUCCCGGACAGCCGGGUGCCUCGCGCGGGAAUACGCGGCCGACGACUCCUUUCAACCAAUAUUCCUUGCCUGCCACGCCCCCGGACCUAUUUCUUGUUACGCGUACCUCGCCCAACCUGUCCCCGUCACUGUGGGAAAACUUCCAACCGGAUCAGUUGUUCCCUGACGGCACUACGUUCUUCCCAGAAUUGACGUCUCCCCAACCAAACACGGUCGACCCGCAACUGCAGAUGCAGUCUCAGCUACAAGCACAAGGCAUGGAUCAACGGGCGAUGAUGCCACAACAAGUACCAGGACGUGGUAGUAUAUCCGCCGCUCAGGGCAGUCCAGAAGUCAUGUCGACUCUAACACCUGCAAUUGGCCUGCCCGGCCAGCACUCACAGCAGGUGUUUGGUAUCGAAAGUCAGCAGGGUUGGCCAAUGCAGAAUAUGGACGCGACGCUGGGCGGAGCGCCUAUGGACGCUGCGAGCCAGGAUGACAAUUGGAGCAGUAGUUCAAGGAGCGGUCCGACAGCUCCCACCACACUUAAUGUGGAGGACUGGUUCCAAUUCUUCGGCAUUAACGGUAGUUUCGGCGAUUUGGCGACCGAGUCUUAUAUCCAGGUCUCCCCGGUUGUUGGAGAUGUGGAUGAGGGUCAUUCUUGA